AUGGCAGAAGAAGACCCCAUGUCAUGUGACUGUUUUGUUUCAUUGCCCCCUGGCUCUCUUGAUGAUCACGUCAUUUUUGGGAAGAACUCUGACCGUCCCCGGGAUGAGGUGCAGGAAGUGGUCCAUUACCUCUCCACAUGCCAUCCCCCGGGCACCAUGUUGGAGUGUACGUACAUCCAGAUUCCUCAGGUAGAGCGGACACAUGCUGUCAUUCUUAGUAAACCAGCUUGGAUGUGGGGAGCUGAAAUGGGAGCCAACGAUCAAGGAGUAUGUAUAGGGAAUGAGGCAGUCUGGACUCGAGAGGCUAUCGCUCCUGGGGAGGCUUUGCUUGGCAUGGAUCUUGUGAGGCUAGGCCUGGAGCGUGGCAACAGUGCAUAUGAAGCGCUUACUGUCAUCACUGACCUGCUUCAGCAGCAUGGACAAGGGGGUCAGUGCAGAGAGGAUCCAGAACCCUUUAGCUACCAUAACACCUUCCUUCUGGUAGACCGACAUGAAGCCUGGGUGCUGGAAACAGCUGGAAGACUGUGGGUAGCACAGAAGAUAUCAGAGGGAGUGACAAACAUCUCCAAUCAGUUGACCAUCGGCACUGAGAUUUCCGCAGAGCAUCCGGAGCUGCGGAGCGUGGCCCAGGAACAUGGCUGGUGGGAUGGUGAAGGAGAAUUUAACUUCUCACAAGUCUUCAGCCCUGAGAAGCAACCGGUCAGGAUGGAGCUUGCCAAAAAGCGCUAUCAGGGAGGUGCGGAGCUACUACGUCAACAUGAAGGCUCCGUGACAGCAGAGGUGAUGAUGUCUAUUUUGAGGGACAAGUCCAGUGGCAUCUGCAUGGACUCGGGCGGGUUUUGCACCACUGGCAGUAUGGUGUCUAUACUGCCCAGAGAUACUAGCCUGCCAUGCAUCCAUUUCUUCACUGCUACUCCAGACCCCUCCCGGUCCAUAUUCAAGCCUUAUAUCUUCACUGAGGACUACACCCCUGUGCUUCGAGUGGUAUCCCCUCACUUUGGUUCUGAUGAUCCUGCAAGGAAGCAGCCACGCUUUCAGGAGCAGGUGGACCGCAGACAUGACCUUUAUAAGGCUCACCAAGAGGCACUAGAUACCAUGAAGAAUGAUCCGGAUAAGGGCUUAGCUAUCUAUGAGAUACUGAGGGAACUCGAGGCACAAUGCCUGAGUGAGAUUUCAUCCAUGUUGAGUGGGGAGAUACCAGGCGAUGAACUGGGAAACUUGUUUUUUGACUGUGUGGACACUGAGAUCAAGUUCUAUCAAUGA